UUCAUACAAAUAUAACAGAAUAGAUUCUCUCUCUCUCUCUCUCUCUACUGUUAUCUUCAAAGACAAUGGAAGAUCAAGAUCCCAAUCUUUCUUUGGAGCAGCUCAACCAGAUGAAUAAAAAGUACAAGUUCACUGAAGUAAUAGGAAGUGGCAGCUUUGGUUUGGUUUACAAGGCUCGUGAUCGUGGUGAAAAUAAAUUUGUAGCUAUUAAGAUUAUUUGUAUUACAGAUGACAAAGAAGGUGUCCCAAGCUCACUAAUACGAGAAGUCUCCCUCUUGAAGGAUUUGAAUCAUGACAAUAUCAUCAGGUUGAAACUUCCUUACGUUUUCAUUUUUCAAUUUCUUUCCUUCUGUUGGGGGUUUCAAUAA